AUGUCGAAUGCGAGUCCGAGCCAUAGUAGCACAAGCGGCGAUAGCUUCAAUAUCAAAGCGCCACGACUGCCUCCAGAUGUAAAUGCCCGAAAUUUACGCAUCGAGAAACAGCGCCGAGAACGUUUCAAUGAGACUCUUCUUGACAUGGCUCGCCUGGUGCCAUCCCUCGCAUCUAUGAAGCGCCCUUCCAAGAAGGUCGUUGUUUGUGAAGCAGUUCGUCACCUCCAGCAACGGCGCGACAUGUGCAUCCACGCUGCUCGAGACAUCCGCCAUCUCCUUGCUGAGAACCACAGGCUCACCUCGGAGCUGAAUGCAAUGCGAUCGCAGCUUCCUGGAGGCUCCGUCACCCCGCUGCAAACCCCCCGAACCCCUUCCGAGGCUCUCCUGGAGCUGAUGGGAGUUGAGGAUGAACCAUGCGGCGACUUUCCGGAUGGCUUUGCGAUCAAUGUGGGCUCUCGGCGGCCUCUAAAGCGACAGGAGAUGAGCGACAUGCCCACCAAUGCAGAACGUCCUGGUCUACAACAAACCAUUUACCCAGUAGGCGAGCAAUUAUCAGACCCCACGCUCCCAGAUACCUCCUGUUUUGCCGAUAAUAUGUUGAAUAGAAGCUACUCACCCGCGCAUGUCUGGGCAGAACAGACAAAAGGAAUGACGGGCCCCGAAGAGUUUCUUAAUUUACUGGCUAGUAGUAAUGCUUCCAAGGUAUUGAUGCCCCAGCCGCCAAAUCAUAUGGCCAAGUUCGACACACCGGUGGAUUCCAACAUGAUCAAUCAGCCGAACGGACCGCCAGUAUCGCUCGAAGACAUCUUCAUAGACCCCGCGCUGCAUACUUGGAUUGACGAAAUCAAUAUUGAUACCUGGCCUGUUGGACUAGACAACAAUGCUUCUGGGUUUUAG